AGUACCUCGUGAGGCAGUUGAUAAAAAAAAUAAUCAGAAUAGAACACCUUUUGUGGGUCACAGCGAAAUGUGUUUGAAAAUGCUCGGUCUUGUAAUUAACGUUAUUAAUAUUAGUUCAGCAAAAACGGUUUCUGAAAGUCAGUAUAACUUGAAGUGUCGAAUAGCGUGGUUACCGGUAAAAUGCCAAUCACAGCCAACUUUGCUACUUUACUGGUGAUUUUACUGAGCAGCCGAGUGCAAGCAGAGGAAUCCCGUAUCAUCAACGGAGAGGACGCCGAACUCGGGCAGUUCCCCUACCAGGCCAAGCUGUUAAUACAAACAGAACAAGGUCGUGCCCUGUGCGGUGGAAGCCUAAUAAGUGAGGAAUGGGUAUUAACUGCAGCACAUUGUGUGGAAGAUGCCAGAUCUGUAGAGGUAACGUUAGGUGCAGUUGAUUUGAACGACCAGGGAAAUGAUGGAAGAACUGUUAUGAACACAAAGAAAUAUAUUAUUCAUCCUGACUAUCAAGCGGCGUCAGCUUCGAAUGAUGUUGCCGUUGUGAAACUUCCAGAGAGCGUUCCCUACAGUGAUCGGAUUCAGCCGGUGAAGUUGCCCACUGGACACGAUGAUUACAAUAGACGCCUGGCCCUGGUCAGCGGAUGGGGAAAAACGAGGGACAGGGGCGGACCAGCUCAAAAGUUACAAUAUACUACCCUGACGGUUAUUCGAAACGACGAGUGUUCACUUUUCUACGGUCCCGGAACAAUUCAACCGACGACACUCUGCUGUCGCGGGGAAAAUCGACGAUCAACGUGCAAUGGAGAUUCUGGCGGACCGCUCGUUUUGAAGGAUGAUAAAACCCAGAUAGGAGUGGUCAGUUUUGGAAAUGUCAUUGGUUGCGAGAAAAUGUUCCCGAUGGGAUUCGCCAGACUGACGGAAUUCACGGAUUUCAUUAGAGAAACGACUGGGGUCGAAGCUAUGAGAGCACCCGUAAGGAACCAUGUCUCAAAUUUUCUGUUACUAAUCAUGCCGAACAGGAACUAG